UGUUUUCAGGAUGCUCAAUUGCGUGAUGCGAACAACUGCGAUGCCUUAGUAAAUCUUGUCGCCGUUAAUCAGUUUCUCGGCAAGGAUUAUGAGGUUAUGAAAAGGGCUAUUGCGCAGCUGCGUGACAUUGACUCUGCACAUCCAUGGCUUCUCGACUUGAAAGCGAAGGAGGAGCUUUUUGAUGAGCUUGUUGCUGCAUAA